CGUUGUUAGGUCAUAGCAUCAGCCGGUCCUGGCCAAAAACGCUGCAGAGGACCGCCGAGAAGAACGAGACUGCGUUCGCGGGGAAGCCAGUCAGUGGCCCGGCACUGCGCCGCGAAUUCGCCCAUGUGCCAUCACCGGCGGAUCUGAGUGACCCAACACAACAUCCACGCCUCCCUUCUCGUUUGGCUCGAGUUCUUGACAGUUCCCUUCGGAGAUUACCUUCCGGUAUUCUUUUGACUCGCGGUGGCGACUUCCCGUUGGCGAGCCUGACACCGUGCGCUUUUCUCGGGUGGAGACAGCUCCGCUGGGCAACGCUUUUACGAGAGGACUAUAGACGACCUACGAGUCACACAGAGGUUCGCCAUGAGCACCGACAUGAAGAUGGAGAAGCCGGCCGCUACCACACCGGCCGACAUGCUGCCGAUCAAUGGCAAGACGGGUCUGCGCAAGCGCGACCUGGAUCUCAUCGACGCCAUGGACCUCAUCAAGCAGACCGAGUACGUGUCGCUCAGCAAGACGGAUCUGCUGGACCACGAAAUCAUCACCUCCCACAGCACAACGGUCCAGCAGCAGCAGGUGGUGCAAAAAGAGUCCGAACAAGCCGCAAAGCCAGCCUUCAAGACUGAAGUGGUCUGGCGGAAUGUGGCCGUGUUCGCCAUGCUGCACUCCAUGGCCCUCUACGGCCUUUAUCUGGCCAUCGCGCGCAAGGUCAUGUGGCAGACGGCGAUCUUCUCCUUCGUGUGGGGCAUCUGCGCCGGCCUCGGUGUCACAGCCGGAGCACACAGACUCUGGUCGCACCGCGCUUACAAGGCACGUUUCCCGCUCCGGGUGGUGCUUAUGAUCUUCAACUGCAUGGCUUGCCAGAACGACCUGUACGAGUGGACGCGUGACCACCGGGUGCACCACAAGUUCUCGGAGAGCAACGCCGACCCGCACAACGUGAACCGGGGCUUCUUUUUCGCGCACGUCGGCUGGCUCAUGUGCAAGAAGCAUCCGGACGUGAUGCGCAAGGGCAAGGCCGUGGACUGCUCGGACCUGCUCAAGGACCCCGUCAUUAGGUUCCAAAAGGCCUACUACGUGCCGCUGACUACCUUCUUCUGCUUCUACCUGUCGAGCGUGCUGCCGCACCACCUGUUCGGCGAGUCUUACUUGGUGGGCUUCUUCGUCGCCACCAUGCUGCGCUACGUGAUAUCGCUAAACUUCACCUGGCUGGUGAACAGCGCGGCCCACCUCUGGGGCAACCGACCCUACGACAAGAACAUCUCGCCGGCCGAGAACCGCUUCGUUUCGUGGGCCGCCAUCGGCGAAGGGUUCCACAAUUAUCACCACACGUUCCCCUGGGACUACUCGACCAGCGAGCUGGGAUGGAAGCUCAACUUCACCACGUUCUUUAUCGACACGAUGGCCAAGCUGGGGCUCGCCUACGACCUCAAGACGGUGCCCAAGGACGUGGUCGAGAAGCGGAAAGCCCGGACGGGUGAUCACAGCUACGACCACAUGAACGGCCACAACCACCACCACUGACGACGAACCGACGAGUGCCAGGGCAGCCGGCUGAGCCCGCGUGAAAACGUUUUCGCGUCCGCCGCGUUGAUACGUGGGUUGCCAUGAUAUACUCUUCUCGCAUCGCGGUUGCUCCUUUUUAUUUUUAUUUUGUCCCGCUGGCACUGCAACCCUGCUCAUCGACACACAGCAUCGGUAGCGACAAGACCUAAGUCUUCUGGAGUGCCUAUCCAUACUCGUGAAGAAGAAAGUGCUGUACUGUUUCUGAUAAUAUUUUUGCAUUAAUUUCCGUUGGUUUUGUCCCACAGAUUAUAGCAAUGAACGGUGAUGCCUUAGUCGCAUGCUGUCUUCUAUGCACGAUUUAGAUGCGCUGUGAUGAUGCGGUCGGUAUUUAAAUCGGCAUGAGCUUGAUUAGAAGUUUCUGAUAUACUUGAGUCAGAGUGGCACGUCUUGUACCACGUCCACAAGACGGUAGCAUUCAAAGGUUUCUGGGUGAAGCGAGUUAUUUAUACACAAGAAAGGAUAUGGCCGGACGCAAAUUCUCAAAGUCAAGGGGGGAAAACAAGGUUGAAACCAGUGACGCUUCUGCCUUCUGAACUGAUACAAGUGAGAACAGCAAUGUGCGAAAUGGUUGCUCAAGUAUUCCUUCUUUAAUAUAAUGGCUAUCUUGCAGGUUCAAAACUAUGUGACAUUAGUUCCACCUGAGUGCUGCGAGCACUGUGCAAUGCAUUUGAGAAGCACUGCACCAUGAUAUCUCAGCAUAGAAGACAACGUGCUCAGUCAAAUUACUUUUUUUAACUGGUCUUUGCAUUUGUGUGCGUGCUUUUGACGUCGAUUUGUGCCUGUGCCGAUCGUGAAGGGUGGCCAAUUGUUCACUCUUGCUCAAAACUUCACCGACGAGUGACGGGGUGUAAUCAGUGUCCUUAGCUCUCCCUUGUUAAGGAAAACACACGUACACACCCGCCCACCUCCGACACAAAUAUAUCUGAACGCCACGUAUCACGUGCCUUAUUACGUCUUUGUUUACGAAUUCUGGACGCAUCUGCGAUGCAUCGAUUCCGAACAUCGAGGUACAUGUUUGUUUAGCUCCCAACUACACGCGGUGCGCUUUUUCGCUUUGUCUUUUGGCGCAUUACUUCACUCAUUCCUAUCGUUGAGCAGACCACAUAGUGUGUAGCAUGACGUAUGUCUGGCUUUCCUCAAGCUGUGGAGAAAUCCAAACCAGGAAAACUAUGAAUAAUAAUGCGUCCUCGAGAAAUCACCUCUCCCCAUCCUACCCCCCUCCCGAUUGCAGGCAAGUGUCCUUUUCUUCUCGUUGCGGAAUUAGAACCAUGUCGCUUAGGCUAGCGUACCAAACAUGCGCAUCGCUGUCCUAUAUUACUUUCCCUGUUGUUGCUUGCGCUUUAUCAUUUGCCAUGUUAGCUCCUUCUUCCUGCAGCGCGCGUUAUGUCCUCCUUUCCUUUAUGCUUCUGCUCGCCCAGCCCGCCGUUAUCUUCAGCAUUUUUCUCUUACGUAGGUGUCUGGCAAUGUUCUCUGGAGACAUGCGAAGCACUAUCGCGCGUUGUAAAUACAGUUGAUAUGUGAUUUAGUGAACAAAAUCAUAUUAUAUGUUUGUACAUACAGGAAGUGCAUAAGACCGAGGAAAAUAGUUUGAUGUUUGACUAGCUAGAAUUUGUCAAGCGAGAUAGUUGCUGUGCUGCUCACGUAAAGUCGAAGUCUGAAUAAAAAGAUAACAUUUA